AUGGCGGCGGCGCUACUCGUCGUGGCCAUGGCGCUGUCCGCUGCGCCAGCGGCAAGCUCCAUCGACUACACCGAGCACGACCUGGCGUCGGAGGCGUCCCUGAGGGCACUGUACGAGCGCUGGUGCGCGCACUACGACAUGGCGCGCGACGUCGGCGAGAAGACCCGGCGGUUCGACCUGUUCAAGGAGAACGCGCGCCGCAUCUACGAGCACAACCACCAAGGCAACGCGACGUACACGCUGGGCCUCAAUCGCUUCAGCGACAUGACCGACGAGGAGUUCAGCCUCUCCCCGUACGGACGUUGCUUGACUGCCCCGGUGGUCCAGCGCAUGUCCGCCGAUGGCGAGAACGAGGAGCUCCACCAGCAGGAGGACGACGCGUCGUUCAACCUCACGCACGGCGGCGGCGGCGCCACCGCCGCGCUCGGCGCCCCGCCGGCAGUGGACUGGCGCGGGAGGGCGGUGACGCGCGUGAAGGAUCAGGGGCUAAGCUGCGGGAGCUGCUGGGCGUUCUCGGCGGUCGCGGCGGUGGAGGGCAUCAACGCCAUCCGGACGAGGAGCCUGGUGCCGCUGUCGGAGCAGCAGCUGGUGGACUGCGACAGGGCGGACCACGGCUGCAACGGCGGCUUGAUGACCACGGCGUUCGACUUCAUCGUGAGCAACCGCGGCAUCGUGCCGGAGGGCGCGUACCAGUACAUGGGCAGGCAGGGCCGGUGCCGGCACGCCACGGCCCCGCCGGUGACCAUCGACGGGUACCGGAAAGUGCAGCCGUUCGACGCGAACGCGCUCAUGUCCGCGGUCGCGGCGCAGCCUGUGGCCGUGGCGAUCGAGGCCGACGCGUGGGAGUUCCGCCACUACCGUGGGGGCGUCUUCAGUGGGAACUGCGGGGGCAGGCUGGGUCACGCGGCGACGGCGGUGGGGUACGGCGCCGACGCCGGCGGCCCGUUCUGGAUCGUCAAGAAUUCGUGGGGUCCCAGGUGGGGCGAGGGCGGGUACGUCCGCAUCAGCCGCAACGCGCCCGUCAGGCAGGGGGUCUGCGGCAUCCUCACAGAAUCGUCGUACCCUGUGAAGCGUUAG